UCCGCUAAGGGCCUCGGAGGAGUAAGAAUACAACGUCCUACGGCGCCCAAGUGUGUUUUGAGAGACAGCUGUUUUCCAGCCUUUCUGGAAGGAUGCAAAGUCCUCUGAGCAUUGCAAGAGGUUUGCGCUACUUUACCUUUAUGGCAUCAAGAAACCUCUGGUAUGUGAGAAGUAACUUUGUCUUUGGCUCAAGAUGUUCGAUGAUCCCGUGUUCAGCAGAAAUCCUCUUCAAAUCCAUUUCAUUUAGGCUUUUCAGUGUUAAGUGUAAUGAUGCAGAUAGCGAGCCUUUGGAAAAUGAGGACCUACUGAACAAUUUACUUACUAUGGGAGUUGAUAUUAACAUGGCAAAGAAACGACAGCCUGGAGUUUUUAAUAGGGUGGUUACUAAUGAGCAAGACCUGAAGACAUUCCUUCUGUCCAAAGGAGCUAGCAAAGAAGUGAUAGCUAGCAUUAUAUCAAGAUACCCACGAGCCAUAACACGCACUUCUGAAAGUCUUUCAAAACGGUGGGAUCUGUGGAGAAAGAUUAUGACAUCAGACCUUGAAAUUGUAAAUAUUUUGGAACGUUCUCCCGAAUCCUUUUUUCGAUCCAAUAACAACCUGAAUUUAGAGAACAACAUAAAGUUCCUCUACUCAGUUGGAUUGACUCGUAAAUGCCUUUGUCGAUUGUUGACCAAUGCUCCUCGUACCUUCUCCAAUAGUCUUGAUUUGAAUAAACAGAUGGUUAAACUUUUGCAGGAUAUCUGUUUGUCCUUGGGUCACCAUGAUCCCGCAGAUUUUGUCAGAAAGAUAAUUUUUAAAAACCCUUUCAUCUUAAUUCAGAGUACCAAGCGAGUGAAAGCUAACAUUGAAUUUUUACAGUCAACUUUCAACUUGAAUAAUAAGGAACUGCUGGCUCUGAUAUGUGGUCCAGGGGCUGAAAUCUUAGACCUUUCCAAUGACUAUGCCAAAAGAAACUACACAAAUAUCAAAGAGAAGCUGUUUUCUCUUGGAUGUACUGAAGAAGAGGUACAGAAGUUUGUCAUAAGCUAUCCUGAUGUGAUCUUCUUGGCAGAGAAAAAGUUUAAUGAUAAAAUAGACUGCCUCAUAGAAGAAAAAAUUAGCAUUUCACAAAUAAUUGAACAUCCUCGGGUUCUGGAUUCAAGCAUAGGUACUUUAAAAAGUCGAAUCAAAGACUUGGUGAAUGCUGGCUAUAACUUGAGUACAUCAAAUAUUACUCUUCUGUCUUGGAGUCAAAAAAGAUACAAAGCUAAAUUGAAAAAAAUAAAUGGAUAGAACAUUAUUUGGGAAGUUUAAAAAAUUAGUCUUAUAAUGUAAUGAUACCAUGUCAUUUCAAAUUUGCAUCUUUUUAAAAGAGGUUUGGGCCAGUUGGUGGCACAGUGGUAAUGCAACUGGCACACAUGGGAAAAUCCCAAGUUAGCAUAGUGAGGCCUUCCUAUACAUGCUGGGUGCACAUGUGAAUUUCUGUGAUCUGGGCUGACUGAGGGGGUAGUUCAUGGUGUGAAGACCUUGUUGGAGGUACCUAUAUCCUUCCCUACCUCCUCUUCUUUCUGUCAUGGAAGAAGUAAACUUUUGGGGAAAAAAAUAGAGAGGUUUGAUUUAUUUACCAUAGUUGCAUAUGUACUCUUUGGAUAUUUUUGUUUUAUAGAUUCAUAAAAACUCAGGGUGAGCAUGCUCAAAUAUAGUCCUCUUCUUUAAUUUUUUAAUUUUUAAAUUUUUAAAGAAUUAUUUAUUCAUCAUUACUAUUUUAAUUCACCAGAGAGAGAGAGAGAGAGAGAGAGAGAGAUGUGUGUAAAUGAGAAAGCAAGCUGCCAGAUCUGGGACUUGAAUCACAGUCAGCCACGUGGGAGUCCAGUGCCUCAACCAUCAUGCCACCUGCUGGCCCCAUCUUCAGUUGUAAUUAAUGUAGAAUUUCUUUAUGUGAUAUUGACUAUGACUACAAUAAAAAUGGCAGUUUCUGAGUGCCAUGGCAGAACAAUAUGUAGAAAGAUAAUAUAAAAUAGGCUUUUGUGGUUUUUGUUUAAAAAAGGAGAUGGAGUCAUGUACGUAGUUCUCUUUCCUCCUAUGGUUUUGAAUGUUUCCUCCUAUGGUUUUUUUGUUUGUUUGUUUUUGUUUUUGGAGAGGUUUUUGCUAUAGGGCGCGUGCACUCGCCAGACAGACAGAGA